AUGUCGUCCAUGCGAGGACUUGUCCAGUUCAUCGCUGAUCUGCGGAAUGCUCGCGCUAGAGAACUUGAGGAGAAGCGCGUAAAUAAGGAGCUCGCCAACAUCCGGCAAAAGUUUAAGUCUGGGAAUCUCAAUGGUUACCAGAAGAAGAAAUAUGUCUGCAAGCUGCUUUACGUCUACAUUCAGGGCUAUGAUGUUGAUUUCGGACAUCUCGAGGCUGUGAACCUCAUCUCCUCGUCCAAGUACUCCGAGAAACAGAUCGGAUAUCUGGCCGUCACACUGUUCUUGCAUGAAGAACAUGAGCUGCUUCAUUUGGUUGUGAACAGUAUCCGGAAGGAUCUGCUCGAUCAUCAUGAAUUGAACAACUGCUUAGCGCUGCAUGCAGUGGCUAAUGUUGGUGGUAAAGAACUUGGAGAGGCACUGGGGUCGGAGGUCCACAGGCUUCUCAUUUCACCUACCUCUAAAGCUUUCGUCAAGAAGAAGGCUGCUCUAACGCUCCUUCGGUUGUACCGCAAAUACCCCGGUAUCGUGCGCAAUGAAUGGGCCGAAAGAAUCAUAUCAAUUAUGGAUGAUCCCGACAUGGGUGUUACUCUUUCCGUAACCUCUUUGGUCAUGGCGCUCGCUCAGGAUUUGCCUGAGGAAUAUAAGGGCUGUUACGUCAAAGCUGCGCAGCGAUUGAAAAGGAUUGUGGUUGAUAAUGAUAUCGCCCCAGACUAUCUCUACUACCGUGUGCCCUGUCCAUGGAUUCAGGUCAAGUUCUUACGUUUGCUACAGUAUUAUCCUCCAUCAGAGGACAGCCAUGUUCGCGAGAUAAUCAGGGAAUCCCUGUCGCAGAUGAUGCAAGCAGCCAUGGAAACACCUAAGAACGUUCAGCAGAACAAUGCCCAGAACGCAAUUCUCUUCGAAGCCAUCAACCUCCUCAUCCACCUGGACUCCGAGCACAAUCUUAUGCUGCAAAUCUCUGCUCGCCUGGGCAAAUAUAUCCAGUCUCGCGAGACCAACGUUAGAUACCUCGGUCUAGACGCGUUGACCCAUUUCGCCGCUCGGGCUGAAACCCUUGAUCCAAUUAAAAAACAUCAAAACAUUAUCUUAGGUUCGCUUCGAGACCGUGAUAUUAGUGUCCGACGCAAAGGAUUGGAUUUGUUAUACAGCAUGUGCGACACCAGUAAUGCAGGACCGAUUGUGAACGAGCUUCUCCGAUACCUCCAGACGGCCGACUAUGCCAUUCGAGAGGAGAUGGUGUUGAAGGUCGCUAUUCUUACAGAAAAAUAUGCCGCUGAUGCACAGUGGUACAUCGACAUGACCCUGAAGCUGCUCUCACUGGCUGGUGAACAUGUCAACGAUGAAGUGUGGCAGCGAGUGAUUCAAAUUGUGACCAACAAUGAAGAACUGCAGGCCUAUGCAGCACACACUCUUCUGGGCUACAUGAAAUCUGAUUGCCAUGAAAGCUUGGUGAAGAUUGGCUGCUAUGUCCUGGGCGAAUUCGGUCACCUCAUCGCCGAAAACGCAGGCUCCAGUCCCAUUGAACAGUUCCUAGCCCUGCAGGCCAAGAUGUUCUCCAGCUCUGACAAUGCACGGGCUAUGAUCUUGUCCUCGUUCGUCAAAUUCGUUAACCUGUUCCCCGAAAUCAAACCUCAGCUCCUGCAAAUCUUCCGCUUGUACAGCCACUCUCCCGAUUCCGAACUACAGCAACGAGCAUUUGAAUACUUGUCACUGGCGACUCUCCCCACCGACGAUCUACUUCGAACAGUAUGCGAUGAGAUGCCCCCAUUCUCGGAGCGAACCUCUAUUCUGCUCUCUCGGUUGCACCAGAAGACAGCCGGUGCUAGUGAGAAGAAGACCUGGGUCAUCGGUGGCAAGGCCGCCAAUGCAGACAAGCAAGAAAUGCUCUUGGCACAAAACACGGGUCUCAAGCGUACCUUCACGACGAUCGUGCAUGGGACAAAGACCGGCUCAAACGGCACCCCGACCACCCCGACCACCUCGUCCAACGCAGUCAGUUCAUCAGGCGACUUGGCCGGUCUGGAUUUCAGUGGUCCCUCCGGCCCAGCUCCCAACAUGGCCAGUGCCGCUCAUCUGACACCCGAAUGGGAUAUCGGCUACAAUCGCCUGUUCUUCACCCGUGAAGGCGUGCUUUUCGAAGACGCCCAGAUCCAAGUCGGACUGCGCUCAGAGUAUCGUGGCCCAAUGGGUGUCGUGAAGCUAUACAUUUCGAACAAGUCUACUUACCCGAUCGGAUCCCUUACCACAACCGUCGACAACCCAGCCUCUCCUCAACUGAAGAUCGAUACCAAAAAUCUACCCGAGCCAACUGUCCCAGCUUCCGGGCAGACGCAGCAGACUCUCUUCUGCACAGCACAUGGUCCUUUCGUAGAUGCGCCAACUAUCCGUAUCUCAUACCUGGCCGGUGCUCUACAGGCCUACACCCUCCAACUGCCUAUUCUGAUGCACCGUUACAUGGAGUCCUCGACACUCUCAGCCGAGGAAUUCUUCAAGCGAUGGCGCCAAAUUGGCGGUGCUCCAUUGGAAGCACAGAAGACCUUCGGUUUGUCAGGUAAGAACAAGACCAUCAAUGAGGCUUUCACCAGAAGAAUCGUGGAGGGUUUCGCCUUCAAAAUCCUGGAUGGCGUCGAUCCAAACUCUCACAACAUUGUUGGCUGUGCCGUGUUCCAGUUCGAGGGUGGUAAGACCGGCUGUCUGCUGCGGCUGGAGCCCAACUACGAGAAGUCGAUGUACCGCGUUACAAUCCGUGCCACCCAAGAAAAUGUGCCUCAGUCGUUGGUCAGACAAAUGGAGCAAAAAUUGGCGCAGGGCAUGCGGGCAGACGAAUAG